AUGCUCUCCGUUUACAUCAUCAAUUUCGUGCUGUUGUUCCCGGCUAUCCUGACGGUGGCAUACCACGUGCCGGAUCUCGAUGCGGCAUUGAACGACUCAACGACAUAUCCAGCACUUUACGUCCUCAAGCAGUCCAUGAGUGUCGGCUGGAUCAACCUUCUGCUCGUCUUGAUCAUCUUGAUUAACGUUGCAUCGAACAUCGUGUACCUGGCCGCUGUGACCCGUGAUCUAUUCGCCUUCUCGAGGGACAAGGGACUCCCUUUCUCAAGGUGGCUGAGCAGCUUGGAUCCUAAACGCCACAUUCCCGUCAACGCAGCUCGAUUCAGCUGCCUCAUCGCUUUCUUGCUUGCCCUCAUCUACAUCGGCAGUCCAGUAGCGUUCUACGCCAUCACAGCUCUCAAUACUGUCGCACUCCUACAAUGUUACACCUUUUCGAUCGGCUGUGUCUUGUGGCGUCGUAUCGCGCACCCAGAGACACUACCGACCGCAGCAUUCUCGCUGGGUCGGUUCGGAGUACCAGUCAACGCCUUCGCGGUCAUAUACUCAGUGUGGUCUCUCUUCUGGGCUUGCUGGCCUCAACAAUAUCCAGUUACGGCGUCCGGCUUCAACUGGGCCUCUCCGAUCUUCAUUGCGGUCGUUCUGGGUUCCCUUAUCUACUUUGCAUUUAAAGCCAGACAUACGUACGAGGGUCCGGUGGUUAUGGUCGAGGGCAGGAAGGUGCAUGCUCCGUAG